GCCUGCCUGCCUGCGUCAUCCCUUCCUUAUCGGCACCACCUCACCUGCGGUGCCAGGCGGGCUACGGAGCAAAGCAAUGGCCGCUCUCCGCCACCUCGCCGCAGGCCCAACCUACCACCACCACCACCACCACGGCAUCGCUGCUGCUGCCACCUCCUCCCUCCAGCUCCGCCGUGGGUCCUCCUGCCACCGCCUCGCGCCCCUCCGCUCCCGCUUCACCAGGGUUUAUGCGCUCUCCAGCAAUGACAUCAGGGUCGGCACCAACGUCGAGGUCGAUGGCGCGCCAUGGAAGGUUCUAGAAUUUCUCCACGUUAAGCCUGGAAAAGGCGCUGCUUUUGUCAGGACCAAAAUGCGCAAUUAUAUCACCGGCAACACAGUUGAGAAAACCUUUCGAGCUGGAAGUACGCUACAGGAGCCAUCCCUUUCAAAGGAGACCAAGCAAUUUACAUACAAGGAUGGCUCCCAGUUUGUGUUCAUGGAUCUGACGACAUUUGAAGAAAGUCGGUUAAAUGAAGCAGAUGUUGGUGACAAGCAGAAAUGGUUGAAAGAGGGCAUGGACUGCAAUUUACUGUACUGGAAUGGAAAGAUCAUUGAUUUCGACCUCCCCAUCACUGUGAGGCUGACUGUAAUUGAUACUGACCCCGGGGCAGGCGAUAGCGCACAAGGAGGAACGAAGCCUGCUACCCUGGAAACUGGAGCUGUUGUUACCGUGCCCUCUUUUGUGAACGUCGGCGAUGAUAUUCUGGUUGAUUCAAGAACUGGCCAGUAUAUGAACCGAGCGUAGACGAUUGAAGAGGAUGCUAGACAUGAAGAGAGAAUAGUUUUUUGUUCGCUCAUUUUGGCCUAUUCACCAAUAGGAAUGCUCGGCAUCUUUUGCCCCAUGAAAAUUACAUUUUCGUUGCAUGUGAUCCUCGAGACCAGGCAUAAAAGAGAAAUUCUGUCGAAAUUUUCCAA